AUGCAGCUAGAGACGAAGUACCAUAUUCUCCUGCUGGGAGGGACCGGCAUCUGCGGGUUGAUAUUCGUGCGCGCUGCGCUGGAAGCAGGUCAUACAUUGACGGUGUAUGUUCGGACACCUUCGAAGAUCCCCGCAGCUCUGUUUGCGAAUCCUAGGUUGUCGGUUAUUCAAGGCGAGCUUGGAGAUGAGGGAGGGUUGAGGAAAGCUGCUGGUUGUGGUGCGGAUGUCUUCUUAUCCUUGGCUGGUCCAACUAUGGGAAAGCGAGAAGGGACUCCUAUUACGAAUGCUUUCAAGACCCUCUUUCCUCUCCUCCUCUCGAACGGUACCACGAAACGAGUCCUCGUCCUUUCGACUGCCUCUUAUUCUGCUCCCGAAGAUACUGCAUCUUUCAAGUGGUGGGUGGCUGUCAACUGCUAUGUUAAAGUCAUUGGUGGAGAUACCUACGAGGAGAUUGUUGGCUUCACGGAAGAAACAGUAGCUUUGGGCGAGAAGAUCAAGUGGACAGCGUUUCGUGUGCCUCUGCUGAGGGGAGAGGAUUUGAACGAGAGUAAGGGUGAGGUUAAUGCGGCGUAUGUGGGCGACAAGAAGGGAAGAGAUGGGCUGUUUUUGGAUCGAGGCCGGUUGGCUAGGUGGAUUCUGAAUGAGUUGGAUGAGGGGAAGUGGAUAGGUUGUUGUCCGCUUGUGUCGAAUGCUUGA